AUGUUACGAAGCGAAAUAGCAUGUACAAUUCUCUCUCGAUAUACAAUAUCUCUUCAACUCUUAUUCGACUUGUUCAUUGCCUUGCCCAGUGUCUUGUUCAGUUGGCCGUUGUCAAAGUGGGGCUCCCUGCGCAACCCCAGACUUUCUCUGCCAGCUAUCGCGCAACCUUUCCUACCAACCCUGCCAAUCAACCACAAAUCCAAAAUCACAAUGGCGCCGAACAAGGACAUGCGUCGCGCGGACCUCGUCGUCCCGUACCAGGAGCCCACCACUAAGGGUGAUAGCCCCGAGUUCGCCUCGACGCUGUCGUCGACGAUGCCCAUGGCCGCCAUGUUUACGAGGAACAAGUUUGUUGGCUGGGCAGGCGUCGUCUUUUCCAUCCAGAACUGGCUCGGCGAGAGCGCCGAGACUAAGAAGAACGGCACGCCGGGCUACUUUAACAUUGGUCUUUCCGUCAUGGCCCUUGGUGUCACGUAUAUGCCUCUCUUCAUGCCUCCCCCCGACCGCUCUGCCGCUGGCACGGCUACUGGCGCGCCCGCCGCCGCCCCUGCCUAA